AUGAGCGAUUCAGAUCUCAUGAAGGAGUGGGUGGUUGUCCACCGGGAACGCCUCGCCCCAGGAAAUCAGCCUGACUCGGCUGCAGCGCCCAAGACUCCUCAUACGAGUGAUCUGAGAGAGACAAAAGAGUUGCGAUACGAAUAUGCUUUGAAGAUCGAGGCAGCUCUUCGCUGUUCCCGUUGCGUUAGGGAACCGGACUAUCGACUGUCGGCAAUUUAUGCGUCCAUUAUACUGCUCGUUCCCAUAUCGACCCUGGAGGAUGGGGGCUUUCUUGACUAUAAGCAAGAAGGGUAUUCCCUCAAAUCUGCUCUCCUAGAUAUCGAAACAUUGGUCGGGCACUACCUCCGCAAGUCCCACGAGGAUCGCUCAGAGCCUAAAGAAGAACCAGAAACAGCCAAUCCUUCUGCACAACAACCAGAAGUCGAAUUUAUCGAUAAAGUUGCCACUGCUAUGAACUACUCAGAUGCUUCCAACAAGUAUUGGAACAUGGUCUGCAUUGAUGAUCAGUUGUGGUCCUGGUGGCCUUCGGCAUAUUUUGGUUUGAAGUGCCUAGGCGUUAAGCCUAAACAGUCUCUGGAAUCUGAGAGCUUGGAAGAGCCAGAAUUCGAAGUUGAGAUUCAGUUUAAUUGGCUGUGCAGCAGACGGGAGGAGCCCGAUGACCUAGUCUAUCUGGAGGAUGAUGUGAAUGACAUGAGGGAGAUGGCAGAAAUGUAG